AUGGGACCACUAACAGGAACGAUUCUAGCAACAUUAACAGCAUUAGCACAACCUAAACAUCAAAUUGUUGAAUAUUUAAAGAUUUUCUAUAAAGAAGAUAUACAUAUAAAACAACCAGAACUAAUACAGAAAGAAUGUGUUGACCUAGUUGAACAUAUUGCUCAUCAAUUGGAAACAAAAUUGAAUCAAUUUACUAAUUUUGAUGUAUCGAAAACAAUAGUUUCACAACUUGUGCAAAAAUCUACAGAUAUCAAUCAACUUUCACGUCUUAAUCCGCUUUAUUAUCCUUGGUUAUAA